AUGGGCGGGGAGGCGAGAGGAGGAGAGGGAGGAGAGGGAGGAGAGGUGUCCCAGCCGCUGAUGGAUCAGCACGGCAAUGUCCUCCUAUUUAACGGUGAGAUAUUCGGCGGGCUGCCCGGCCUUCAACCAGAGCAGAACGAUGCGCAGUGCCUUCUCUCCGCCCUCUCCUCCUGCUGCUCCUUCCGCUGCCCCACCCCACGUGCCCUUGACACAACCACCAGUGCGGCAAGCAUCAAGAAUGGUCAUAACAGUGCUACCACCACUAUCAGUCAACCCCAUAUCAGCAGCAGCAACAUCCCAUCAGUUCCUUCCAUCUCCUUCUCACAACCUUCCUCCUCCUCUCCUCCCUCCGCCCAUCCUGACCAGCCAUCCUCCCCUCUCUCCGCCCGUCCAGCCCCCCCCUGCGCCCACCCCCACUCCGUCCCCCGCCUGCUCUCCUCUCUCCGCGGCCCCUUCGCGCUGGCCUAUUGGCAGGCGACAGCUGGCACGCUCUGGUUGGCCCGCGACUUCAUGGGGCGGCGCAGCCUGCUGUUCCACGGGCCUUGCGUUGAGGGGAGUGGGGAGGAGGGGAGAAGGGGGAAGGAAAGAAAGGAGGAGGGUAGAGGGGAGGAGGGAAGGGGAGGGCUGAGCACUUUUGUGGUCAGCAGCGUGUGCCCCUCGCCUCUUCCUCUCGGUCUCUUGAGUGGCGAGAGAGCAAAGAGUGAAGGGCGGACAAGGGAGGGGUCGCUAGGAACUUUGGCUUCUUGCGAGUCGACUCAACAAUCCAAUCCGGAGAGAGCAGAAAUUGACGCGCGGACAGAGGAGGGGGCGUUGGAUAGAGCAGAGCGGGCAGGAGAGGGGAGAGUAGAGAGAUUAGUGAGGGCGAGGGAGGACGAGUGGAAGUGGUUCCGGCAUGAGUGGGAGGAUGAAACCGUCCAGCGACUGCUGACGUGGCAGCGCCCAAUGGCAGCUGACGUGGCAAACCGAGGUGCUGAGCUGGCAUCAGAUGGCUCUGAGGUGGCGUACUCCGGUAUUGAGCUGGCAGCAAGUGAUGCGGCUGACUCAGCAGCAGAUGCUGUGCUGGCCGCACUGGAUAAAGCGGUGGGGAUUCGUGUGACGCAUAUUCGAGAGGAAAGGCACAUUGGAAAAGGUAUACCCAUUGGCCCACUGGACGGACAUGGAGCAUCGGCAGCACCAGUGGGGGCGUGUGUGCGCAGGGAAGAAGAGGCCGCACCACUGGCAGCACCAGAAGCAGCAGCAGAGGUAGCAGCGGUGGCAGGAGAUGCGUGCAGGGCGGAGGAGCUGGUAGCAGCAGAGGCAGCAGAGGCAGCAGCAGCAGGACAUGCGUGCAGAGAAAGAGAGGAGCAAGUGGCACCAGUGGUGGUGCUGUUCUCAGGGGGGCUCGACUCCAUGCUGCUGGCGGCCCUGGCUCACCGCCAUGUGCCCAUCCACCGUGAGUACGUGCAUGGGUGCGUGCAUGGGUGCGUGCAUGGGUGCGUGCGUAGGUACGUGCAUGGGUGCGUGCGUGGAUGCGUGCAUGGGUGCGUGCAUGGGUGCGUGCGUGGGUGCGUGCAUGGGUGCGUGCAUGGGUGCGUGCAUGCGUGCGUGCGUGGGUGCGUGCGUGGGUGCGUGCUUGGGUGCGUGCGUGGGUGCGUGCGUGGGUGCGUGCAUGGGUGCGUGCAUGGGUGCGUGCAUGGGUGCGUGCAUGGGUGCGUGCAUGGGUGCGUGCAUGGGUGCGUGCCUGGGUGCGUGCAUGGGUACGUGCAUGGGUGCGUGCAUGGGUGCGUGCAUGGGUGCGUGCAUGGGUGCGUGCAUGGGUACGUGCAUGGGUGCGUGCAUGGGUGCGUGCAUGGGUGCGUGCAUGGGUACGUGCAUGGGUGCGUGCAUGGGUGCGUGCAUGGGUGCGUGCAUGGGUGCGUGCAUGGGUGCGUGCAUGGGUGCGUGCAUGGGUGCGUGCGUAGGUGCGUGCGUGGGUGCGUGCAUGGGUGCGUGCAUGGGUGCGUACAUGGGUGCGUGCAUGGGUGCGUGCAUGGGUACGUGCAUGGGUGCGUGCAUGGGUGCGUGCAUGGGUGCGUGCAUGGGUACGUGCAUGGGUGCGUGCAUGGGUGCGUGCAUGGGUGCGUGCAUGGGUGCGUGCAUGGGUGCGUGCAUGGGUGCGUGCAUGGGUGCGUGCAUGGGUGCGUGCGUAGGUACGUGCAUGGGUGCGUGCGUGGAUGCGUGCAUGGGUGCGUGCAUGGGUGCGUGCGUGGGUGCGUGCGUGGGUGCGUGCAUGGGUGCGUGCAUGCGUGCGUGCGUGGGUGCGUGCGUGGGUGCGUGCGUGGGUGCGUGCGUGGGUGCGUGCGUGGGUGCGUGCAUGGGUGCGUGCAUGGGUGCGUGCAUGGGUGCGUGCAUGGGUGCGUGCAUGGGUGCGUGCAUGGGUGCGUGCCUGGGUGCGUGCAUGGGUACGUGCAUGGGUGCGUGCAUGGGUGCGUGCAUGGGUGUGUGCAUGGGUGCGUGCAUGGGUACGUGCAUGGGUGCGUGCAUGGGUGCGUGCAUGGGUGCGUGCAUGGGUACGUGCAUGGGUGCGUGCAUGGGUGCGUGCAUGGGUGCGUGCAUGGGUGCGUGCAUGGGUGCGUGCAUGGGUGCGUGCAUGGGUGCGUGCGUGGGUGCGUGCGUGGGUGCGUGCAUGGGUGCGUGCAUGGGUGCGUACAUGGGUGCGUGCAUGGGUGCGUGCAUGGGUACGUGCAUGGGUGCGUGCAUGGGUGCGUGCAUGGGUGCGUGCAUGGGUACGUGCAUGGGUGCGUGCAUGGGUGCGUGCAUGGGUGCGUGCAUGGGUGCGUGCAUGGGUGCGUGCAUGGGUGCGUGCAUGGGUGCGUGCAUGGGUGCGUGGGUAGGUAUGUGCAUGGGUGCGUGCGUGGAUGCGUGCAUGGGUGCGUGCAUGGGUGCGUGCGUGGGUGCGUGCGUGGGUGCGUGCAUGGGUGCGUGCAUGCGUGCGUGCGUGGGUGCGUGCGUGGGUGCGUGCGUGGGUGCGUGCGUGGGUGCGUGCGUGGGUGCGUGCAUGGGUGCGUGCAUGGGUGCGUGCAUGGGUGCGUGCAUGGGUGCGUGCAUGGGUGCGUGCAUGGGUGCGUGCCUGGGUGCGUGCAUGGGUACGUGCAUGGGUGCGUGCAUGGGUGCGUGCGUGGGUGCGUGCGUGGGUGCGUGCGUGGGUGCGUGCGUGGGUGCGUGCAUGGGUGCGUACAUGGGUGCGUGCAUGGGUGCGUGCAUGGGUACGUGCAUGGGUGCGUGCAUGGGUGCGUGCAUGGGUGCGUGCAUGGGUACGUGCAUGGGUGCGUGCAUGGGUGCGUGCAUGGGUGCGUGCAUGGGUGCGUGCAUGGGUGCGUGCAUGGGUGCGUGCAUGGGUGCGUGCGUGGGUGCGUGCGUGGGUGCGUGCAUGGGUGCGUGCAUGGGUGCGUACAUGGGUGCGUGCAUGGGUGCGUGCAUGGGUACGUGCAUGGGUGCGUGCAUGGGUGCGUGCAUGGGUGCGUGCAUGGGUACGUGCAUGGGUGCGUGCAUGGGUGCGUGCAUGGGUGCGUGCAUGGGUGCGUGCAUGGGUGCGUGCAUGGGUGCGUGCAUGGGUGCGUGCGUAGGUACGUGCAUGGGUGCGUGCGUGGAUGCGUGCAUGGGUGCGUGCAUGGGUGCGUGCGUGGGUGCGUGCGUGGGUGCGUGCAUGGGUGCGUGCAUGCGUGCGUGCGUGGGUGCGUGCGUGGGUGCGUGCGUGGGUGCGUGCGUGGGUGCGUGCGUGGGUGCGUGCAUGGGUGCGUGCAUGGGUGCGUGCAUGGGUGCGUGCAUGGGUGCGUGCAUGGGUGCGUGCAUGGGUGCGUGCCUGGGUGCGUGCAUGGGUACGUGCAUGGGUGCGUGCAUGGGUGCGUGCGUGGGUGCGUGCGUGGGUGCGUGCGUGGGUGCGUGCAUGGGUGCGUGCAUGGGUGCGUGCAUGGGUGCGUGUAUGGGUGCGUGCAUGGGUGCGUGCAUGGGUGCGUGCAUGGGUGCGUGCAUGGGUGCGUGCGUGGGUGCGUGCAUGGGUGCGUGCAUGGGUGCGUGCAUGGGUGCGUGCGUGAGUGCGUGCAUGGGCGCGUGCGUGGGUGCGUGCAUGGGUGCGUGCGUGGGUGCGUGCAUGGGUGCGUGCAUGGGUGCGUGCAUGGGUGCGUGUGUGGGUGCGUGUAUGGGUGCGUGCAUGGGUGCGUGCGUGGGUGCGUGCGUGGGUGCGUGCAUGGGUGCGUGUGUGGGUGCGUGUAUGGGUGCGUGCAUGGGUGCGUGCGUGGGUGCGUGCGUGGGUGCGUGCGUGGGUGCGUGCGUGGGUGGGUGCUGGGGUGCGUGCAUGGGUGCGUGCAUGGGUGCGUGCGUGGGUGCGUGCAUGCGUGCGUGCAUGCGUGCGUGCGUGGUGCGGGCAUGGGUGCGUGCAUGGGUGCGUGCAUGCGUGCAUGCAUGCGUGCGUGCGUGGUGCGUGCGUGGGUGCGUGCAUGGGUGCGUGCAUUGGUGCGUGCGUGGGUGCGUGCGUGGAUGCGUGCGUGGGUGCGUGCGUGGGUGCGUGCGUGGGUGGGUGCUGGGGUGCGUGCAUGGGUGCGUGCAUGGGUGCGUGCGUGGGUGCGUGCGUGGGUGCGUGCGUGGGUGCGUGCGUGGGUGCGUGCAUGGAUGCGUGCAUGGGUGCAUGCAUGGGUGCGUGCAUGGGUGCGUGCAUGGGUGCGUACAUGGUGCGUGGGUGCGUGCGUGGGUGCGUGCGUGGGUGCGUGCGUGGGUGCGUGCAUGGGUGCGUGCAUGGGUGCGUGCAUGGGUGCGUGCAUGGGUGCGUGCAUGGGUGCGUGCAUGGGUGCGUGCAUGGGUGCGUGCAUGGGUACGUGCAUGGGUGCGUGCAUGGGUGCGUGCAUGGGUGCGUGCGUGGGUGCGUGCGUGGGUGCGUGCAUGGGUGCGUGCAUGGGUGCGUGCAUGGGUGCGUGCAUGUGUGCGUGCAUGGGUGCGGGCAUGGGUGCGUGCAUGGGUGCGUGCAUGGGUGCGUGCAUGGGUGCGUGCGUGGGUGCGUGCGUGGGUGCGUGCAUGGGUGCGUGCGUGGGUGCGUGCAUGGGUGCGUGCGUGGGUGCGUGCAUGGGUGCGUGCGUGGGUGCGUGCAUGGGUGCGUGCGUGGGUGCGUGCAUGGAUGCGUGCAUGGGUGCGUGCAUGGGUGCGUGUGUGGGUGCGGGUAUGGGUGCGUGCAUGGGUGCGUGCGUGGGUGCGUGCGUGGGUGCGUGCAUGGGUGCGUGCGUGGGUGCGGGCAUGGGUGCGUGCGUGGGUGCAUGCAUGCGUGCGUGCAUGGUGCGUGCGUGGUGCGGGCAUGGGUGCGUGCGUGGGUGCGUGCAUGCGUGCGUGCAUGCGUGCGUGCGUGGUGCGUGCAUGGGUGCGUGCAUGGGUGCGUGCAUGGGUGCGUGCGUGGAUGCGUGCGUGGAUGCGUGCGUGGGUGCGUGCGUGGGUGCGUGCGUGGGUGCGUGCGUGGGUGCGUGCGUGGGUGCGUGCGUGGGUGCGUGCGUGGGUGGGUGCUGGGGUGCGUGCAUGGGUGCGUGCAUGGGUGCGUGCGUGGGUGCGUGCGUGGGUGCGUGCGUGGGUGCGUGCGUGGAUGCGUGCAUGGAUGCGUGCAUGGGUGCGUGCAUGGGUGCGUGCGUGGGUGCGUGCAUGGGUGCGUGCAUGGGUGCGUGCAUGGGUGCGUGCAUGGGUGCGUGCAUGGGUGCGUGCCUGGGUGCGUGCAUGGGUACGUGCAUGGGUGCGUGCAUGGGUGCGUGCGUGGGUGCGUGCGUGGGUGCGUGCGUGGGUGCGUGCAUGGGUGCGUGCAUGGGUGCGUGCAUGGGUGCGUUGCGUGCACGGGCGUGUGCGUGGGUGCGUGCAUGGGUGCGUGCGUGGGUGCGUGCAUGGGUGCGUGCAUGGGUGCGUGCAUGGGUGCGUGUGUGGGUGCGUGUAUGGGUGCGUGCAUGGGUGCGUGCGUGGGUGCGUGCGUGGGUGCGUGCAUGGGUGCGUGCGUGGGUGCGGGCAUGGGUGCGUGCGUGGGUGCGUGCAUGCGUGCGUGCAUGCGUGCGUGCGUGGUGCGGGCAUGGGUGCGUGCAUGGGUGCGUGCAUUCGUGCAUGCAUGCGUGCGUGCGUGGUGCGUGCGUGGGUGCGUGCAUGGGUGCGUGCAUUGGUGCGUGCGUGCGUGCGUGCGUGGAUGCGUGCGUGGGUGCGUGCGUGGGUGCGUGCGUGGGUGGGUGCUGGGGUGCGUGCAUGGGUGCGUGCAUGGGUGCGUGCGUGGGUGCGUGCGUGGGUGCGUGCGUGGGUGCGUGCGUGGGUGCGUGCAUGGAUGCGUGCAUGGGUGCGUGCAUGGGUGCGUGCAUGGGUGCGUGCAUGGGUGCGUGCAUGGGUGCGUGCAUUGGUGCGUGCAUGGGUGCGUGCAUGGGUGCGUGCAUGGGUGCGUGCAUGGGUGCGUGCAUGGGUGCGUGCAUGGGUGCGUGCAUGGGUGCGUGCAUGGGUACGUGCAUGGGUGCGUGCAUGGGUGCGUGCAUGGGUGCGUGCGUGGGUACGUGCAUGGGUGCGUGCGUGGAUGCGUGUAUGGGUGCGUGCAUGGGUGCGUGCGUGGGUGCGUGCGUGGGUGCGUGCAUGGGUGCGUGCAUGCGUGCGUGCGUGGGUGCGUGCGUGGGUGCGUGCGUGGGUGCGUGCGUGGGUGCGUGCGUGGGUGCGUGCGUGGGUGCGUGCAUGGGUGCGUGCAUGGGUGCGUGCAUGGGUGCGUGCAUGGGUGCGUGCAUGGGUGCGUGCAUGGGUGCGUGCAUGGGUGCGUGCAUGGGUGCGUGCAUGGGUACGUGCAUGGGUGCGUGCAUGGGUGCGUGCAUGGGUGCGUGCGUGGGUGCGUGCGUGGGUGCGUGCAUGGGUGCGUGCAUGGGUGCGUGCAUGGGUGCGUGCAUUUGUGCGUGCAUGGGUGCGGGCAUGGGUGCGUGCAUGGGUGCGUGCAUGGGUGCGUGCAUGGGUGCGUGCGUGGGUGCGUGCGUGGGUGCGUGCAUGGGUGCGUGCGUGGGUGCGUGCAUGGGUGCGUGCGUGGGUGCGUGCAUGGGUGCGUGCGUGGGUGCGUGCAUGGGUGCGUGCGUGGGUGCGUGCAUGGAUGCGUGCAUGGGUGCGUGCAUGGGUGCGUGUGUGGGUGCGGGUAUCGGUGCGUGCAUGGGUGCGUGCGUGGGUGCGUGCGUGGGUGCGUGCAUGGGUGCGUGCGUGGGUGCGGGCAUGGGUGCGUGCGUGGGUGCAUGCAUGCGUGCGUGCAUGGUGCGUGCGUGGUGCGGGCAUGGGUACGUGCGUGGGUGCGUGCAUGCGUGCGUGCAUGCGUGCGUGCGUGGUGCGUGCAUGGGUGCGUGCAUGGGUGCGUGCAUGGGUGCGUGCGUGGAUGCGUGCGUGGAUGCGUGCGUGGGUGCGUGCGUGGGUGCGUGCGUGGGUGCGUGCGUGGGUGCGUGCGUGGGUGCGUUCGUGGGUGCGUGCGUGGGUGCGUGCGUGGGUGGGUGCUGGGGUGCGUGCAUGGGUGCGUGCAUGGGUGCGUGCGUGGGUGCGUGCGUGGGUGCGUGCGUGGGUGCGUGCAUGGGUGCGUGCAUGGGUGCGUGCAUGGGUGCGUGCAUGGGUGCGUGCAUGGAUGCGUGCAUGGGUGCGUGCAUGGGUGCGUGCAUGGGUGCGUGCAUGGGUGCGUGCGUGGGUGCGUGCGUGGGUGCGUGCACGGGUGCGUGCAUGGGUGCGUGCAUGGGUGUGUGCGUGGGUGUGUGCAUGGGUGCGUGCGUGGAUGCGUGCAUGGGUGCGUGCAUGGGUGCGUGCGUGGGUGCGUGCAUGGGUGCGUGCGUGGGUGCGUGCAUGGGUGCGUGCAUGCGUGUGUGCGUGGAGCGUGCGUGGGUGCGUGCGUGGGUGCGUGCAUGGGUGCGUGCAUGGGUGCGUGCGUGGAUGCGUGCAUGGGUGCGUGCAUUGGUGCGUGCGCGCAUGUGCAUGGGCCCACCGCCCU